AUGGAAGCUUCUGUACCGGAAGAGGUGCUUCAGCCGCUGCUCCAUGCUUCGGAUUUAUCAUACUCUCUAGAAGAUUGCUUGAAGUUUCUUCAAGAGUCUUCCAAGACCGAUUCAGGCCGCUCUGAUCUCGCUUCCAAGGCUAUCCUUCCUUAUAUCUUUCGUCUUCUUCAGAUUCUUCCUUACCCAUCUUCCCGCAACUAUCUCAAUCUCUCUCUGAAAGUCCUCCGAAACCUCUGCGUUUCGAAUCAAAACUCUUUCGUCGACCAUGACGGUUCAGCUAUCGUCUCAGACUUGCUUGAUUCCGCGAUUGCAGAGAAAACCGCAGAUUUUGAGACUGUUCGGUUCGGGUUGCAGGCUCUAGCGAACGUUGUAUUGUUCGGCAAGAAACGUCAGAGAGAUGUGUGGAUGCGAUUUUUCCCGAAGAGGUUCUUCUCAAUCGCUAAGAUUAGGCGGUUUGAAACCUGUGAUCCUCUGUGUAUGAUUUUGUAUGCUUGCUUUGAUGGAAGCUCGGAGCUUGCUUCAGAGGUUUGCAGCAGUGAUGGGCUCAGCAUCGUCGCUGAGGCUAUACGGACUUCAUCUUCUCUUGGGUCUGUGGAGGAUUAUUGGCUCAAGUUAAUGGUAUCAAGAAUGUGUGUUGAAGACCAUUGUUUCCCUCAGCUCUUCUCCAAGUUAUGCAAAGUUGAUUUGGUUCUUGGUCACAAGGAUGACGAACAUGAGACGUUCUUUACAUCAGAGCAAGCCUUUCUUCUGAGGAUGGUGUCUGAUAUUGCAAAUGAGCGGAUAGGAAAAGUGUCAAUCCCCAAGGAUACAACUUCUUUCAUUCUGGGAGUAUUCAAGCAAUCUGUUGCCGUUUUUGAUUUUGCUUCUAGCCAAAGAUCCGAGCUUCCUACGGGUUCAACUAUAGUAGACGUAAUGGGUUACUCUCUCGUAACAAUAAGGGAUGCUUGCGCUGGAGGAAGCCUUGAAGAGCUCAAGAAAGACAACAAUGAUUCAGUUGAUACUGUUGAAUUGCUCUUGUCCUCUGGACUAAUACAUCUCCUCCUUGAUCUUCUUCGCAAACUUGAUCCUCCAACAACAAUUAAGAGGGCUCUAAACCAGAGUCCUACUACUUCUUCUUCUUCAUUAAAACCCUGUCCAUACAGAGGAUUCAGGAGAGAUAUUGUGUCUGUGAUUGGGAACUGUGCGUACAGAAGGAAAGAGGUACAAGAUGAGAUCAGGGAGAGAGAUGGGCUCUUUCUAUUGUUGCAACAGUGUGUGACCGAUGAUGAGAACCCUUUUUUGAGAGAAUGGGGCUUGUGGUGUGUGAGAAAUCUGCUGGAAGGGAACCCGGACAACCAGGAAGUGGUUGCUGAUUUGGAGAUUCAAGGAUCAGUGGAUGUGCCUCAACUCCGUGAAAUUGGUCUCAGAGUUGAAAUUGAUCCUAAAACAUCCAGGCCAAAGCUAGUCAAUGACACCUGA